AUGCUUCAGAUAGUCAUCCCAGAAUUAUGUCAAGCAUUUUAUUCGUUAGCCUCUUAUGCAUGUGAAUUACGUCCUCAGGGAUUCAUCCGACUUACAGACAAUCAACUUACAUCUUUUGGUCGUCUUCUUCGAUUUGGAAUAUUUGGUGUAGAAUUUGAUCAAUCAAAUCACAUUAAAUCUUCAUCUGCCUCACGAUCUGCAUCAUGUUCAGCAGGAUGUGUUGACAAUUCAGUGGUUCAGCAAUGUUUGGAUAUUAUAAUUUCAUUGACUGAUCAUUUUUUGGAGAUUAGAUCACGUUCUCGUUCUUGUCCUGUAGAAGAGCUUCAAAAUGCUAUUCGUUUGAUCAAUGUUAUCGGUUUGAAUACACAAUUCCUGUCUGACUUAUUCACAUUACUAACAAGAGAAAGUUAUUCGGUCAACUUAGAAGCAUCAUUUUCAUCUGCACUCCUUAAUUUAAUUCAUUUAAGUCCGGAAGCUUAUUCAAAUCUUGUUUAUCAAUGGAUUAAUAAUUGUGAAAAUCCUAUGAUACAAACACGUCUUAGUGAUGCUUUCAAACAUUUAGGUAAUUUUUGUUGCCAUAGUAAUAAUGAUAAUAAUACUGAAAUAAUACAAUCCGAUCAACAAUUAAUAAUGGAGGAUCAAACUAAUAAAAAUAAUUUAUAUAUAAAAUGUUUUAAUGAAACUAAACCAACUCGUUCAAUUCGAUCAGAAUUUCAACAAUAUUUUCAUUUGUUUGUCACUGAAAUGCGAUCAUUUAUAUGUUUUGGAUAAUUAAGUGUAUCUAUGUUAUAUAUACAGAUAUAUCUCGUUUGUAUGCCACUUUUUCUACAUAACUAAAAUGCUGGUACUUGAAUCCAACAGUGAGUAAUAAAUACUCUUCAGUUGUGCUUUUUUUUCUUAUCGUCGUAAUACUUUCCUUUUUAUGUAUUUAACUC